AUGCCUGUUACACUAUCAUUUAGUAAAUAUGAUCCAUUAUCAAAUAAAUCAAUAAAUUUAAUUCCACCACUUUUGAUUCUUCAUGGAUUAUUUGGAUCAAAACAAAAUUGGAAAUCUUUAGCAAAAAUGUUUGCUCAGAGUUUAAAUACUAGUGUUUACGCCUUA